GUACAAAUCACGUGGUACAAAACAGACCAAUUGGGUUGAGAUUCGUGUUGUUGCUGUUGUUAGCUGGUUGUAAUGGGAACGAAACCGAGCCGUUAUUUCAUCGCCUCUCGUGGUCAAUAGCGAAGGGCACAUCAACAGCAUGGCAACAGCUCAGUCAACCUUAAUGUUUGCUGUGUGCAUCCUGAUGAUAACAGAACUGAUACUGGCCAGAAAGGACUAUUAUGAUAUUCUGGGGGUUCCAAAAGAUGCCAGUGAGCGUCAGAUUAAGAAGGCUUUUCACAAGCUGGCCAUGAAAUAUCAUCCUGACAAGAACAAGAGUCCCGACGCCGAGGCGAAGUUCCGGGAGGCAGCAGAAGCUUAUGAAACACUCUCGGAUGAAAAAAGGAGGCAGGAUUACGACAAGUUAGGACACGGUGCUUUCUCCAGUGAAGGAAUGAGAGGGGGAGGCCAGUACUUCCAUCAGACCUUCGAUUUUAACUUUGACGAGAUGUUCAGAGACUUUGACAUCUACAGCCAGAACAGGCACGCCCGACCAAAGCGUCACUUUGAGGACCAUUUCAGGGCCCACCAGCAGGCUCACAGCCGCCACAAGAAGCACUUCCAGGGGGGUUUUGGUGCAGGUGUCUUUGAGGACCUGUCUGAUGACAUUGAGAGAAUGUUUACAUUUGAUAGACACAGCAAGCGGACUGACAGCAGGUUUCACGGCACGGCGAAACAGCACUGCAGGACUGUGACUCAGAGAAGGGGGAAUAUGGUGACCACCUACACAGACUGUACCUCCUCCUGAGCUACUAAGUGGACCAUAGCUACCAGCAACCAUUGUGUAGCUGGGCUCUGUUCAGCUACUAUUAAGCUAUAUAUUUUUGGUUGUUUAUUUCAUUAAUUUAUUAACCCGUUGCUGUGUUGGGCGAGGUUUGAUUUUGUUUAAGAAUAACUAGGUUUUACGUUUUAUUUGGUCGCAACUGACAUUACUUUAAAAAGAAUAUGCCACUGUUAGGAACAGAGUUAGGAGUUGUUUGCAUUCCAUCAUUUCCCCUGUAUACCUCUAAAUCUGUACAUCACUCUAUAGCCGCCAUUAUGCUAAUAUUUAUAUCUGCUUACCUAAUAUUAGCUAAUAUUAGGUACUGCUAAAUUUAUUGGUGUUUACAAGUUGUCCUAUGAACAUUUUUGUUCUCUGAAUGUUAUGGUUUACAAGGUUAAAAUAUAUAGAAAUCUACACACUGGCUACAUGAGUAUACUAACACUCCUGCACAUUGAAGCUAUGUGUGAAAGUCUGCAAAUUAACUUAACACUAUUGUAUAAUAACACCAGUCACUCAUAGUUGGUCAGUUUUACUAUGUUUGUUGUGCAGUAGUGUUAUCUUACUUAAAGCAAUUUUGAUGUUUUAACACUAACAUCACAAAAUUCAGGGGAAUCAAGAAACAUUCUGAGAAAAAGUAUGGAUACAAUUUGUAGCAUUGUUUAUCACAAGGCAUGGCAGCAGUGAUUUUAAAAUAUAUUGUUUGUGUUUCCCAAUGCAAGUAGAGAAAACCUAUUUGGAUCCAAAGUUCUUAAAAGACAAUUUCAUCAUAGUUCGUCCACUUUUUGACUUAGGUUUUUUUUCUAGGUUUGGUUUUAAAGAAAUAGCUCACUCAAAGUCACAGUUAAACUCUUUGGUCCUUACUCAGAAUGUCGCAAGACGGUGAAGUCACAACUUGACCUGUCACUCUAAAUAGCUCAUGUCUACACCAAAAAUGUCUUAAGUGAGCCUGACAGGCUCAGAGAACCCAAAUAGAUCCAAAAAGAGUAAUGUAUAAUUUAUAGAAUAUUAGCUUCAAGAUGGAUGUGUUCGAGACAGAACAUAUAAAGCCCCCAUAAAAAUACAUACUGAUAAAUGCUUAAAAACACAAAAUAAAUUAUGAUUGGCAGUUACUUUAGAGUUUUAGUACUUACUGUUUCAUGGAUUUUAGCAGUGCCUUUUUCAAAGUUCUGAAGGGAAUUCAGAUUAAUUGUAAACAGAUGUUCAAGGUUUGAGAAGAAUAAUAAGUUUAGGAUUGAAGUUCACGUCUUUGGUUGCCUCAUUAGGGGGGAUGGUCUUCUCAUAAUAAGCAGGUGAUCUAUUACCUGUUACAGGAGCUACUGCUUCGAGUUUCUGUCAGAAUCAUUUUGAACUAAAGUUUAGGGGGUUUCGCUGUGUAGUUUUUGCUUGUUAAAAGCAAUAUAGGAAAAGGAAAAUGUGAAGGCAUAUGCUUAAAAUGCUCAUCUUUUACAACAAGGUUCUAUAAAAAGCUUACCGUAGUUCUUCCGAAGCUUUGGCUGCACUUGAAUUCAGUCUGUGAGAAACACUUCUAAAACAAAGCAAAUCUGUUGUGUCGCUUUAUGCAUUUGCCUGAGACUGUCUUUCACUUGUAGAUUAGUCUCCAAACCACCUUAUAUGCAUGGAUCACUUCAGUACCAAUUACUGAUAUAAAUGUGUCGGGUCCAGCUCUGUUCUUACCUGUUACCUCAUUUUUCAUUUGGGAUAACUUUGUUUUUGUGCAAUAUUAUAAGCUAGCUCUCUUGUUAAUACCACUGUUGCUAGCUGGUCUUGUUCAGUUGGAGUAUCAGCUGACACAUCAAGCACUUUUAUUACUUAAUCCUAUGGAUGAAAUGUAAAUAAGUAUGUUCAAACCCAGAUGUAUAAUGUAUAGAACUUGGGUGAAAUAAAUGGUAAGAAAUGCA